AUGAAUACUUUGGUGUUUUAUGGUGCAACCAUAGCUUUAGCAAUUAUCAUAUUUUGGAGGUUGUUUCAUGGAGUUAAGAAAGAAGAAGUUCACCGGAGGAGAUCAAGAGCACCACCAACCAUUCCAGGGUCUCUCCCACUUCUGGGACACCUUCAUCUUAUGAGACAUCCGGUGCACCAACGUCUCGCCGGCUACGCAGCCUCUUAUGGCCCCAUCCUUAGCCUGCGCUUCGGCUCUCGUCCUGUACUCAUUGUCUCUUCAGCGGCCAUUGCUGAGGAAUGUUUAGUUGCUAAAGGCACUGCUUUUGCCAACCGUCCCCAGCUCACCUUCUCUCAAAUCUUCGGGUAUGACUACACCGCCGUGGACGUAGCCCCUUAUGGUCCUCAUUGGCGUAGCCUGCGACGUAUCAUGGCACAAGAAGUUCUAUCUCAGGCUAGGGUGACUUCCUUUGCUGGUGUGAGGGAAGAUGAGGUUAAGGGUCUUCUUGGCAAACUUUGUAAUAAUCCUGGGAGAGUGGCCAUGAGGGCUUAUCUCUAUGAUUUAACGUUCAAUUUCAUGGUGAGGAUUGUGAUGGGGAAGAGGUAUGUUAAUGGAGGUGGAGAAGAAGGGAGGGAGUUUAGAAGGAUUGUGGAGGCGGUGUUCUUUUUGAGUGGGAAACUUUGCAUGGAUGACUUCUUGCCUUGGUGGGUGGCGAGGUUGUUUGGAGGUGGUUUGAAAGAGAGGAUUGUGAAGUUAGGGAAGGAUAUGGACGAGUUGCUGCAGAGCUUGAUGGAUGAACGACGACAGCGAAGGAAGGAGGUGGAGGAGAUGGCAGUGAUCGAUGUCUUACUUGGGUUGCAGGAGAAGGAUCCAGGGUUUUGCUCCGACGUGAUCAUCAAAGGGAUUCUUUUGACUCUAAUAUCAGGAGGGACUGAUUCAGUAGCUGGAACUUUAGAAUGGGCAUUAGUUCUGCUGCUUAACCAUCCAGAAAUAUUAAACAAAGCAAGAGAUGAAAUAGCCAUGCAAGUAGGCACUGAACGUUUGGUCACAGACACAGACCUCCCUAAACUCAGUUAUCUUCACAAAAUCAUCAAAGAAACUCUGAGACUAUUCCCAGCAUUUCCUGCUCUCCUCCCUCAUGAAUCAUCAGAGGACUGCACCAUCUCUGGUUUUGAUAUCUCCUCCGGCACAGUGCUCCUUGUUAAUGCUUAUGCCAUUCAUAGAGACCCUGAGCUUUGGAAAGACCCACUCAAGUUUGAUCCAGAGAGGUUUGAUUGUAAGGUUGGAGACCAAGGGAAAGACUUCAAAUACAUAGCUUUUGGGUCUGGAAGGAGAGGAUGCCCUGGGGAAGGGUUUAGCAAAAGGAUGUUGAUGCUGACUUUGGGGUCUUUGAUUCAGUGCUUUGAAUGGGAGAGAAUUGGAGAAGAGCUUGUUGAUUUAGAUGAAGGUGAAGGGUUUGCUAUUCCUAAGGCUAACCCUUUGGAAGUUAUUUGCAAACCAAGGCCACAUAUGCUCCAUCUUCUGUCCCAACUUUAACCAACUAUAUCUGUGGAAAAAUCUUGC